AUGCACCAGGAAGACGAACUCGUUAUGGAAAUCUUGUACAAGAGACUCGCAAUGGACAAGAGUGAUAGGAGUUAUGAAAUGAAUCGACUCUUCCAUUGUAUUGCCAAUCGCACCUUGGAGGAAUCAAGGGUGAGGACGACGGUCUCGGAGGAAUCAACGACAUCACAAUACAUCUCAAAAGUGAGCUUCAGAUCACCAAGGAAUCAGAUGAUUGAAAAGUAUUACGCCUUGCUUCCUCAGCCAAAAGUAGACUUCACUGCUCUGACACAAAAUGCCAAGAAGAAAAAGGCAAAUCUGAUGAAGGAAAUUAUUGCUCAAUUGGUGGGUCCAGAUCUUGCUCAACAAGAAGCAUUUCUGAAGCUUUCAUUCAAAAAGUUCAAAGACCUUAUACUUUUCCACGAGGAAGACUUCAAGUGGAACGAAAUGCACAUUGCUUUAAUACUUUGUAUUGUGGGCAGUGCCAACAAGGUGAUUAUGCUUGAUCGAUUGGAACGUCUUCUCCUUGGAAAUACAAGAUUCCCGCCUCAACUGAAGGUGUUUCUGUCAAAGCUUGGGUGGAAGUGGAGAAUGCGCAUUGAGGCUGAGAUGAUACCCCUUGAGAUGAAUGGCAACAAAGAAGUGAGGCCCCAACUCUCUUGGCACCUAGCAACGCCACUCCGGGCUCUGGAGCGGCAGGUGGAGGCAGCAUUUCUGUCUGGCAAUUUCUUGCAUUCAGGCGACUUUUCGUUGAUGGAGGACAUAAUCGCUGUUGUGUUCGGCGCUGACAAAGAUGAAAUUGCAACAUCGAUGCUAAUUCGAAUCUUGAACCGAAUAAAGGGGAAUUGCAGUGCAUUUGUCACGACCCUGGCGAUGUACGAGCAUGCAGCUGAGUGCCAUGAGAAUAUGAAGAAGACAUUUUUGAAGAAAGGUUCUCGGUUUCUGCAAUUGCUUUUGGACAACAAAUGUUUUGCACUUACGGUCAAUUCCAUUGACAAAGACAAAGGACACGUUGUCCAAAGCCAGUGCAUUGCAAUAAAUUUGUUUGCAGAUCAUCGUCAAAGUGCAACUGAUGAGAGGAUGCUUCCCCGAAUGAAAGUGAAGGUCGAACGUUGCAAAGCAAGAUUUUGCUCCACAGCAGACUUCAAGGUGGUGACGUCACCUCAAGAUUUUGAAAAUUUUAAAAAUUUUGAGAAUGAGAAUGAACCAGCUUUACCGGUACAUAUAUCAUCUGUUGGUGCGAAGGAUGAGACCGAUAAUGACGACGACGAGAAAUCAAGUUCAACUGUCUCAACUUUUUGCGACAAUGCUACUCGAUUCUCCGAUGAUGAUGAAGCAGAAGAUGACGCAUCAUCUAUUGGUGAAAAGGAGGAUGACAACAGUAGCGACGAAGCGCAAUCAAUUUCGACUGUCUCAACUUUUCACGACGACGAGCAUGAUGGAAAAACUGAUGAAGCAUUGGAUUUUUGCUUGAAUGAUGGAACAAGCAGAAGUGAUGACGACGAAGAAGAAAAUUUGUCAAAUCAGAAUGGUGGAACGACUGACGAAGAAGAGAAAGAUAAAUUGGACGAUUACAAUGACUUGCAUGAUGAUGCAACAAGAGCUGACGAGGACGAAGAAAAUUCUCUUGGACAAGCAGAAGAGUCAUUACUUGGGAUGAAGUGUAUCGGAUUGAAGCUGGAUGAAGAAUGGAAAAACGGAAGCAAGAGGCUUUGGCUACAGCUCGUUUACAAUGACGACAAUAAGUACUAUGGGUACCGCAUCUUUUUGAACAGCAAUCCUGAUGUCGACGGUAACGGCCAAUGCAGGCUGUUGGUUGCCGGAUUUUUUGAGAAGCCGAUUCACCGGCGGGAUUCAAUGGACGAUGAACUGAUCGAUUGUGGCUUCAAACAGGUGGUUGGAUUUGCUAGCUGCGACAAGAAGGAUUCCUGGGCGACUAUGGGCAUGAUGGACAGCGCGAAUGCAAGGUCAAAUUGUAUCUGCUGUAUCCAAUCACAAAGCACCUACAAGACGAACUUUCCAGACUGGAUGGUGGAAUAUGCCCAAAACAAUGGUAUUGAGAACGGGCUUCUAGCAGCCAAAGUUGAAGCCGGGUGGAAAUACUGUCCUUUGCGCUGCCGAGAACAUUCAAACCCAAUCAUGUUUCAGAAGCUUCAAGAUGAUACCAACAAUGGAAACAACACAUACUCCGAAGAUCAGUUGCGAGGUAUUCGAGAAAGACAUGGAUGUGUAGUCAAUGAGCCACUUCUAGAUAUCCAUCCCUCGAAACAAACUUUUGGAGGCCUGCAUAAUGGCGCAGGAUUGGAGAACCACAUUAAGAAUAACACGGAUAUGAGAUUGGGACAUAUCGAUGCACUCAAAAGUGCGGGAACGACGACAUGGCUGGAAAAAAUGGACGGCGUAAAGGUGCAGUGUAAGCAUGAGAAAGCCAACACCAAAAGACGCCUCAAAGCAUUGAAAAAGAAGAUCGACAAUUUACAAUCAGGCAUCAACAGCGCAAAAAUCAUCAUUGAACGAGCGGAAGAUCCACACAGAAGAUUUGCAUCAACGUCGGAUGCUUGCGUGCAGAACGUGCGAGCAGAACUUGCUAUUUUGCUUUCUGAGAAAGAACCCCUUGACGGUGAGUACGGCGAGAAUCUUCGUCUACACAUGGGUGCCGACGUCCUCCCGAAACUGAUUGAAAGAUACCUCAGUACAAAGAAACCCAAAGGUCCAGCUCAGUGGGCCUUUCGCAAAGCUAUUGAAUUAGCGGGUCCUAAAUUCAAUCCACAAUUUGGAGGAAUGGAUUUGUCACAUGCUCACGGAUUGUUGAUGCUCGAGAAAUUUUCCGAGAUCACCAAAAUGGUUGGUGGCGGUGGAUACAGACCGGGUGAGGAAAAGCAUCAGAUGGUUGCGCAAGCAAUGGGGGAAUCACAAGAGAUAACCACGCCUAUGUUCACGAUGAACACGCUCCUCAAGUCGCAACAAAAAUGGGACGAAGAUAAGAUUGAUGAGCUGAAACGGAAUUGUUUUAUGAUGUUCUUCAAAUGGCUGAAAUAUUUCCCCAAACAGGGUGUGUUUCCAAAACUGCAUGAUGUGGCAUGGCACAUUCCUCAGUUCGUCACUCGGAACUGGAUGUAUGGAAUAUUGUCAGAAGAAUCGAUGGAGAGUCGUCAUCAAGAGCACCAGAAAUUGCUUUCAAUUUUGAGUUUCAUGCCAAAUACGAAGCUUCGAAAUGAUGUGUUCACAAGCCGCCUUCAAGUCUAUCAGCUUCCAGAAUUUGAAAAGGAAAAGGCAACACUGACUGCAAAAACCACUAAGAAGAAGCGAGGCAAGUACAACAUCAAGCCAAAGAAUAAUUCUUUGCCCAUUUUGCAAACUGAAUUGAUUCUGGAUGGCGUGAACAUUCGCAUCAACAAAGACAUGUCCAUCGAACCAAGUUGGCUUGAAGUCUACAAUAUGGUUGCCCGUGGCAUAGUUCCGAGCUCCUGGGAAAAAAAUAUUUAG